GCGUAAGAAGUGACGUUUGUUUUUUAUUGUUUAUCUGCUCCAUUAUUUUUGGUUGAACUAUGAUGCUAUUCUUAUCAGAGUAUGAAGAGUAUUUGAUUCGGUCCCCUAAAAUGUACAAAUGCACAUAUUUGUUUUGAUUUGAUACCUGGAAUUUCCCCAAACCUACUCUACAGACCAUGCUAUAACCUGGGGCCUCCUGCCAGAGUCUACAAUCUUUAGGACACUGAAAAUUAGGGGAAUAGCUAGGUAGAUACUGUGAGAGGGCCCAAAGUAAAGUAUGGCCCUGGGCCCGAUAGUUUCCACUAACUACUUGUUUGCACACAGACAAUUAUGACCACAACUAGUAUUGAAAUUGAAAACUAAUGUGCUUCUUCCAUGUAUUGGUCAGACUUAUUUUCCAUCAAAAAAUUAUAAUCAUAUUGUUUGUGAAUAUCAACUCUUAUGUAGCUGGCGGUUUUGGUUCUUAUCUGUAUAAAAUUGCAUUGAAAUUUUAUAAAGGCUUUGAAAUAUUUUAUGUAUUUUUGACUCAUGUAAAGUCUGUCUUAGCAUAUGAUUUGGAAAGAUGCUAUUAUUUGUUUCAUUAUAAUUACAAUUAGAGUGGUAGUCUCAGCUAUUUCUACGGCGUUCCAAUGCUGUGGUUGAUAUAUCAGUUGCCGACACGACAAUUGUUCAAUUCAAGGUGUCAGGUGAUUGUACAUAUUUCGACUGCAAGAGGUUGUGAUGUUGUGCUUGUUAGUGAUGAUGACACACAUGAUGAAAGAUAAAUUUUUGUUGCUGGUCUCUGCAAUUCUUCUGGAUACUAUUCUGAUUCUACAUUUACUCCUUUGGACACUGAAAUUACCUCCAGGUUCUGUUUGUUCCAGUUCUGAAAAUGGACAUGAAAGUCAAUCAUAUUUUCAAACUGGUGAUUUUGCCAAUAAACUUCAUAGUGGUGAUUUGGUUUUCAUGGGAAGAAAGGACCGCACUAUUAAGCUCAAUGGGCAGCAUAUUGCUUUAGAGGAAAUCAAAUAUACAUUGCUGGGACAUCCAGAUGUAACUGACACUGCUGUUGCAUUUCAUAAUGGUCAAGGGGAACUAAUGCAAUUUGUAGCAUUUAUAAUAUUAAAGGAGGGACUCCCUGAUGAUAUAUUCAGAUCUUCCAUCAAAAGUUGGAUGGUCGACAAACUUCCGCUGGCAAUGAUUCCUGGUCACAUUGUUAUAACAAAAUCAUUACCUGUAUCUACUAGUAGAAAAGUUGAUUAUGCUUCGUUAGCAGAUUCAGUAUUUCUAGCAGAACACAUCCAAGAUGAGCUUGGUCAAAUUGGGAGAAGCAACUUACUGCAAGCCUUCAAGCAUGUUUUAAUGGUUGAAGAUGUUUCUGAUGAUGAUGAUUUCUUUAUGAUUGGUGGAAAUUCUAUUGCUGCUGCACAUCUUGCGAACAAUAUAGGAGUUGAUAUGAGAUUGAUAUAUAGCUUUCCAACUCCAUCUAAGCUUUGUAUGGCUCUUCCAGAGAGAAAUGGACCAUUCAGUAUGAGCCAAAGUGGAAUCUGAAUCUGAGAUAAAUGAGGAAAUGGGAAA